CGCUCGCUGGCCGACGAGCCCUUCACCUGCCAGGGCCAGGAGCUGCUCUGCAACGACUGCUACUGCAGCGAGUUCUCCUCCAAAUGCAUUGCCUGCGAGAAGACGGUCAUGCCAGGAUCCCGCAAGCUGGAGUACAACGGACAGACCUGGCACGAGCAUUGCUUCAUAUGCAGCAGCUGCCAGCAGCCCAUUGGGUCACGGUCCUUCAUCCCAGACAAGAAGGAUUAUUACUGUGUCCCCUGUUACGAGAGCAAGUUCGCUCCUCGCUGCACUCGUUGCAAAAAGACCCUGACCAAGGGAGGAGUGACUUACCGGGAUGAGCCGUGGCACAAGGAGUGUUUUGUCUGCACGGGCUGCAAGACCCCCCUGGCCGGGCAGCAGUUCACCUCCCAGGAUGACAACCCGUACUGCAUCAAGUGCUUUGGCAACCUCUAUGCCAAGAAGUGCAGUGCCUGCACGAAGCCCAUCACAGGCUUUGGUGGUGGUAAAUACGUCUCCUUUGAGGACCGUCACUGGCACCACAACUGCUUUAACUGCGCCCGCUGCGGCGCCUCGCUGGUCGGGCAGGGCUUCAUCCCUGCCAACGAGGAGAUCCUGUGCCGCGGCUGCAGCAGCGACCUGUGAGCCUCCGAGGACGGCGUGGGGCAGGGGCUUUCUCUGUUCUUCACGCCUUUGUGCCAGAUACCCCAACAACAUUUCAGGGGCAGGGCACAAGGCACAGGAGAUGGGGGCUGACCCUGAACCACGGUGUGUUCAGGGGGUUCCUGUGCCCCUCCCUGAAGGCUAGAGUCCGCUGUGCUGUGGCUCUGAGCAGAGCCAGAGCUAAAUAAAGUUGAAACAGGAGCUUUAAG